AUGGGCAACUAUGUUUCAUGCGCUCUAAGCCAAACGACAUCGUCUGAGUCAUCAUCAUUAUCAUCACCGGCGGCUAAAGUGAUUCUCCCGGACGGUGGAGUCCGUGACAUCCACGCGCCGAUGAAAGCAGCCGAGCUCAUGAUGGAGAUGACAAGCCAUUUCCUCGUGGACGCCAAAUCGUUGAAAAUCGGCCGGAAGUUCACUCCACUCUCGGCCGACGACGACCUCGACCUCGGAGGCAGCCAUGUGUACGUGGCAUUCCCGAUGACACGUCUCGCAUCAGCAGCCAGCGCCUCCGACAUGACUCGGCUCUUCCUCGCCGGAAAGAAACGCACGAAAAGCUGUGACAAUAGGAGAGUGUCUCCGGAGGACGAGGAGGAAGAUGAUGGCGUCAGGCUGAUCCGAGCGAAGCUGAACCUGGAAAACAUAGAGGACUUCUCGGCGGCGGAGUUUAUUCAUCGGAUCUCUGUUUCGAAAUCCAAGAAGCCACAUUUGGAGACAAUUAUAGAAGGACACGUGUCGUAA